GGCGCUGACGUCACGGCCCGCACACCCCGGAAGUGGACGUGGAGGGGGCGGGCGGCGCCGCGCGCCGGGAGAGGAGCGGGAGCGGGAGCGGCUGCGCGUUUCCCGGUAACGGCGCCUCGCCCCGCCCCGCCCCGCCGGCGAGGGGCGCCAGAUCAUCCUUUGAAGAUUGAUGUAUAUUUACUUCAGUGCUUUAAUUUUGUUAACAGUUUGGGUAAGGAUGGCUCAGCUCCAGCAAGGAGGCCCAGAUGAAAAAGAAAAGACUACUGCAUUAAAGGAUCUCUUGUCUAGAAUAGACUUGGAUGAACUGAUGAAAAAAGAUGAGCCACCGCUUGAAUUCCCUGAUACUCUGGAAGGAUUUGAGUAUGGUUUUAAUGAAAAAGGGCAGCUAAGACAUAUAAAAACUGGGGAGCCAUUUGUUUUUAAUUAUCGUGAAGAUUUGCAUAGAUGGAACCAAAAGCGCUAUGAAGCUCUUGGAGAGAUCAUUACUAAAUAUGUUUAUGGACUACUGGAAAAGGAAUGCCACUUGAAAAAAGUAACUCUCCCAGUAGAUGCGACUGAGAGUGAACCAAAGAGUUUUAUCUUUUUGAGUGAGGAUGCAUUAACAAAUACAGACAAACUGUUGGUCCUAAUUCAUGGUAGCGGUGUUGUCAGAGCAGGUCAGUGGGCUAGGAGACUUAUCAUUAAUGAGGAUCUGGACAGUGGCACGCAGAUACCAUAUAUAAAGAGAGCUACUGAGGAAGGCUAUGGAGUAAUAGUACUGAAUCCCAAUGAGAACUAUAUUGAAGUCGAGAAGACAAAAGCCCAAGUACAGCUGUCUUCUGAUAGCUCAGAUGAACCUGCCGAAAAGAGAGAAAGAAAAGAUAAAAUCCAGAAGGAAACAAAGAAGAGACGUGACUUCUACGAAAAGUAUCGAAACCCACAAAAAGAAAAAGAAACAGUGCAGAUGUAUAUUAGAGAUAAUGGAUCUCCUGAAGAACAUGCAGUUUAUGUGUGGGACCAUUUUAUUUCCCAGUCAGCAGCAGAGAAUGUGUUUUUUGUUGCUCACAGUUAUGGUGGACUUGCAUUCGUAGAGUUGAUGAUUCAACGAGAGGCAGAAGUAAAGAAUAAGGUAACUGCUGUGGCGUUGACAGACUCUGUUCACAAUGUGUGGCAUCAAGAAGCUGGCAAAACUAUUCGAGAAUGGAUGCGAGAGAACUGUUGUAACUGGGUGUCUAGUUCAGAACCACUAGAUACAUCAGUAGAGUCCAUGUUGCCAGACUGCCCCCGUGUCUCUGCAGGUACAGAGCGUCACGAGCUGACGUCCUGGAAGAGCUUCCCGUCUAUUUUCAAGUUCUUCAGCGAAGCAAUAGAGGCGAAGAACAGCUCGGUGAAACCGGCCCCGACGCGGCGCUCCAACAGGAUAAAAUACGAAGAAUUUUAAAAGCAGGAAAACAAAUCUCUCUGCUGCCUGUUUUCCACAAGCAGUCUCCCAGCCCCUCAUUAGAUUGUUUUCUUCCUAGAGCACAGGGUCGUGAUGUAUACAUCUAAAUAGCGUUUUGCAUUAUUUCUAGAUGAGUGCAACUGUCAAAGCAAUAUGGGUUCACUGGUUGUGCUUCCUGUGGGCUGUAACUUGGAUUUCGUGCUGCCCAUCAGCGCACAGAUUAAGGCUGACAGUGGUACUGCACAGUGCAGCAUGGUGCAGCUCUAAUUGCCCUGACAUAGCCCUGCACCAAGCUGAUGCCAGAAUUUAACAGCUUCUUCGUGGUCCUAUUGCCUGCAGGAUUUUUGUUGCUUCCUUCCAGGGUUCACUUCUUUCCCUCCUCCUUUUGCAGGAGCGAAGUUUGGGUUUUAUGCAUUUUUUAAGAAUUGCUUUUAAAUAAUUGAUACAGGUAGAUUUGUCUCCCCAGUUCCUGUCCUUCCCCCUAUCUGCAUCUGCUUUUAAACUGCUUACAUGCAUUUUUUAAUAAUACAGUAUAUUUGUGGUUUUGUAGGGUUUUCAUUUUCAAGCCAUAAUGACUAAAUUAAACUUUAAAAAGCAAACCCAUAAACAGCACAAAUGUGAUUAAAUAGUAUUUGGACUUAUAAAUACUAGUUAUUCUCUGUAAUUCUAACAAAGUCUUUUUGGUUUGGCUUUAUUUUCUUACGAGACCAGGGGACAGACUGUGCAUAAAGUAGCUCCUAUGAAAUAAUAAAUCAAGACUAGAUAUUUCUGCGGAGAAAUAUCUCUGAAUUUAAAAUAAGGUUUCCAGCAAAUCUGUACAUUACAAAAAGAAAUAGCUAUUUUUGAAACAAAACCUAGUGAUGCUAAAAUCUCACUGCUCUGUGAUCCUAGAACUGCCAUUUUCACAAAGAGUUUGCAACUCCAAUUUUAAAACUGCAAACGGUUCUAGUGCACAUAUUAAUGAAAAGUGUAACAUAGAUUAAAUGUCUGUAUUUAAAAUUUACUUUUAGCACUUGGUUGAUACCUUUAUUUUUUAUUCCGAUAGAAAGUCUAUUUUGAGACAGAACAAAAUAUGAAUUACUCUUUUUAAAGCCAGUUCUAUCUUGGAGUGCUAACAAGCGCAUGCUUUUACACUCAGUAGCCUUCUCUUUCUCUGGGACCAGGUGAGAUCAGCUCUUCACUCUUUCAUUUUCUGCUGAUAGGAGGGUCCAAGAAGUUUGGUCCAGAUUUAUGGGAAAGUCCCUUUGUUGUAGAGAUUUUCUCCUCCUGCUGGAUCAAUGGCAUUAUUUGUAGAUCUCCUCUUCCUUUUGAAAGUCCUGCUUAAAAAUGCCUAUUCAUGGACCGCCUGGACCACACUGUGAACGAUGACCGCAAAAAAAAAAAAGAAAAGAAAAGAAAAGAAAAGAAAAGAAAAGAAAAGAAAAGAAAAGAAAAGAAAAGAAAAGAAAAGAAAAGAAAAGAAAAGAAAAGAAAAGAAAAGAAAAAAGAAAAAGGGGCACGUUUUUCCUGAUUACUUUUAGCGCGAAGCUGCUCACGUUUCGCCGUGGCGGUGCGCGGUGACCUGCCCGCCCGCGGCUGCGGGGCCGCGCGGCCGGCGCUCCCCGUGCCGCCCCUUUUUCGGGGCGGGCCGCGGCGCCCUGCGCGCCCGCGCAGCCCCCGCGCAGCCCCCGCGCAGCGCCCGCGCAGCGCCGGCACCUCGCACCGCUGCCGUGUGAUCAGCGACGAGCCGUGCGCGCUGCCGUGCCUGGCAAGCGGGCGCGCUGUUGAGCCCUUGGAGUUUGGACGGUGCGAAAUUGAAGUGGUCUUUUCUUCCGCGGCCGUGCGCGUAUCGCUCCUGGUGCUGUGGGAGCCGCGGCGCAGGAGGCAAACCUCGGGGCGGUGUUUCCGCCGACCGCCGGGUGUCCUCGGGCCGGUUCAGUCGUCUGCAGCCGCCGCACGGGUCUGGGACCCGGACCCCCCCCCCCCCCCCCCGCCCCGUAACAUUUCCCAUUUCGGAGCUGGGGCGGGGACACGAUGUGAGGGCUUGGGGAGGGAGCAAGCCGGGGGUCUGCUGUGGUUUGCUCGGAGCGAGCGUGCCGGCAGGGCGCUGGCAGCGGCCGGGAGUACCGGGGGGCUCUGCCCGGCUUGGAGUCUAAAUCCAGGGGAUUCGCCAAGCUCUGCCCUUGUCCCCGGAGCGGGGCAGCGCCGUGGCUGCCGCCGAGGCCGGGAGUCACUGCCGCGCACUAACGACGGCAACAUCUCCGUCCCUUCCCUCCCCCCGCGGCCACCUGGUUGUCCGUAACCUCUCCCUUCGGGAAGCGUUGCCUCCCCGGGGAGGCCGCCGGCUCCCGCACACGGGCGGGGGGGUCGCGCCUCGCCUAGGCGGCGGCAGCGCAAAAUCCGCGCCCGGCGCCGCCAGGUUUCCUAGGGGAACCUGUUGCCCGGGGCGGGGGGAGUUGCUGUGUAGCCGGGGCCACCUCGGCCCCCGCCUCUCUGCCUCCCUCCCCAGGCACUUUCAAGGCGCUGGAGGUGGCGGCGGCCUGACCCCCGCCUCGGGUGCUUGCAGGCGCCCCUGGCCUGUUUCCACCCCAGCCCUGUUGCCGGAGGAGGUGGUUGUUCGUGGAUUUACAUUUCAUAUUUUGGGUUUCUGUGCAGAGCCGGGGAGGGGGGGGCCGGGGGAGGUCUGCUCCCCAAAACACGCUGGCCAGCGCCAGGGGUGCGUGAAGGGAUCUCCAAGGUGCCAAAUGUCGCGAAAAUGGAUCUAUUUUUUUAAGUGUCGAUGCAAAAUGAAGUGUACAAAAAUUUCUGCUGUAACAAUUGCCCUUUUAAACGUUUCUUUAUCUCGCCGUCGCCUGGCUUGUGUUAUUAUUGCCUCUGUAAAGAACUGUAAAGCACUGGGAGUUCUUACGACUUGUACAUUUCUGUUUACACUGAACAAAAAAUAAAGAUGAUCUUUUCUCUUC